ACGGCUCCGGUGCGAGACAGCGUCACUUGUCUACCCACCUUCACAACGGGAAAAUGUUGAACUUUACACGGCUGAUUCUCGCCCUUGUCUGUGUUGCCGUUUUGGCACGGGGAGCGAGUCUCCCUGACGGCACCACCGAGGCUGACUGUUCCCAGUACAACUUGCCCAUGUGCCCCCGCAACUACGAGCCAGUUUGUGGAAGCGACGGCACCAACUACUCUAAUGAAUGCAUGCUGUGCUUUGAAAACAUGGAGCAGAAGAGGAACAUUCACAUCAGGAGUAAAGGAGAGUGCUGAACCAAACAUGACUGUCUCAGUGACACACCAGGCCUUCAACAUUACUUUGAACCAUUUCCUGUUGUCUUGUCAAAACAAUGACAUUUUUAUUUUUGCGUUCUAAAUGCUAAGGGGUCAGUAAACAACCUGUCAAGUGCCUCAAUAUCGUUUGAACCAGUUCCUCACCAUCUGCUUCCUUUUCCAAACAUAUGGGCUUCCUGUCUGUCGUAGAGGACUUAACCCUUCACUACCUAGUCUUUUAAGAUUUGUGUAGUGUACAUGUUGGUAAAAUGGUAUUUUAAAUGGUAUAGUCUUCAUGUGUAUGUUACUUGCCUACCUUUUUAAUCUGUAAUUAAAACUAUUUUAGCCAAGUA